AUGGGCACAACCUCGGACAGUGCACGCAUCUUUAUCCCCGACCGCAAAUCUUUCAACAGAUCCUCUAUCGCAUAUGUUGCCUAUAAAUGGGUGAGGAUUCCGAUUUCUUGUGGUUUAUGUGAUCAGGCUUUCGAGUCAUUUGACGAGCGCCAGCUUCACCGUAAUGAUACUCACGGAGUGCCAGAAGGCACCAACCCGCUUCCAGACGCAUGA